CUCAACAAUCGUUAUCAAGAUUUCACUGCGUUAUUAUUUGCUGCAUUUUUUUUUUGUUUUUGUGCAUUUUCUGUAAAUGUUCAUUUCAUAAUAUUAUGUGUGUUAUAUUUUAUGACUAUAGAGAUGACCUUCUUUAAGUACUCUUUCAUGAUAAACGUUUUAAUUGUUAUUAUUAUUAGUUAUUGUACUGCUUUUCAUAUACUUAAAAUAGAAACUGGAUUUGGAAACGAGCGUAAGCGUCAUUACUUCGAGCAAAUCCUUCAGCCGGAACUGGAGGCGUGCGUAGGGGAGAGGGAGCGCUGGGGCGUGACCCUCGCCUACAUGAGUUACUACUCGUAUGACCCCCGGACAUACCGCUGGUUAGACAACGACGUGUACGACUGCGCCUGGGGCUGCUUCUUCCUGCGCAUGGGCUGGUUAGACGACGAUAUUGAGGGAACGUUCCAGGCGCCCGUGAUGCUGGCACACAUGGAGAAUUAUCUCGGGGGAGGGUGGGAAACCAGUAUGAAGGCCAGCCGUUGCGUAUAUGUGAAUUACCCUCACGCGAAGCUGCCCGGCCACGUGCCGGACUGCGAGCAAGGCAAGCUCCUGAAGAACUGCCUCAUCAAAGAAGAAUAUCUCGAGAUUACGCACGAGAACAAGUUGCAGUUGGUCGAGCUGCUGCGCAGCUGGCUGGGCUUCUGCGCCGACGACGAGGGGCUGCCGGUGGGCGAGGUGCUGGCCCGCGCCGCGCGCCCGCCCGUGCCGUCGCCGCCGCUCGGCUACCCCACGCCGCCCGCGCUACAAGGCUGCGCCUGGCGCUGCCUCUUCUACGACAUGGGCUGGAUGAAUGAUAGAGAAGGAGAGUUCCUUUUGCCCGUCGUUCACGAGACGAUAAGGAUGUAUUACUACAAAACUGAUUUAAUACCGCAACUAUUGGAGGAAUCUACUAAAUGCGUCACAACCGCGAACCUUUUCACCGAGAACGCGGACGUGAUGGCCACGCGGCCGCCCGGCUGCGACCGCUCGCAGCUCUACGUCGACUGCCUCGUCAACAACUUCUUCAAGAACCUCACAUCGCCUUGGUUCACCGAUGAAGAGAGGAGCAUCAGGGUCGGUAACCAGAGCUCUAGUCCCACCAGGCCCCGUCCUCGCUCGCGCCCCCCACCCCGCGAGCGUCCCCGCGGCCCCCCGCAGCCGCACCUCGUGCGCACGCGCCUGUCAGCGCGCGUCGCGCCACUGCCGCUCGCGCCCUCUGACUCCGUCGUUGUCAAAGUCAAGGUGACGGAGACGGACACAUGAGCGUAGUGGCUUAAGUUAUGGUCUUUUUUUUCUAAAUGUGUCAGAAAAAUUACAUAAUAGUAAGCCAAGAUACU